GGGUGAUUAUUUUCCUAAUUAUUUUUUAUUUUUUAUUUAUUUUUUCUCAUUUCCCCUUCCUUUGGUUGCCACAGUUCUCACAACCAUUCUCCUCUCCCUCUCCAACUCAGGAAAACGGUUUCCUCGAAAAUAUAAAUUCCAAUUCUGCACCUUUUGUUUCGAAAAUUUCUCAAUCCGCCAUGCCUCCAGCCACCUCUUCGCCUACGGCUCAGAGACACGUUGGCUUCAGCCGCCGCACGCAGGCGCCGUUCCAGCUCAACGACUCCUCGAGUCAGCUCCAUGAUGACUCGCCGCCGGCGAAGAAGUACCGGCUGAUGUCAGACAUUAUGGCGCGUGCCCAGUAUGCGGUGGUGGAAAGAGAGACUUACAGUGACCUGUUGUGUGAGCAAUGUGGUUCCGGUGAGCUGUCGGACGAGCUGCUUCUCUGCGACAAAUGCGACAGAGGCUUCCACAUGAAAUGCGUGAGGCCGAUUGUCGUGAGAAUUCCGAUUGGAUCGUGGCUUUGUCCUAAGUGUCAGGGAGGGAAGAGAGUGCGGUCUUUCUCGCAAAAGAGGAUAAUUGAUUUCUUCGGGAUUCGGAGGAGUUAUUUUUAUGCUGAUGACAAGAGUUCUUCUCAGGAUGCAAAGAAGCGUAGGAAACGUUCAAGACCUCUGGUAUUACAUAAGAGAAAAAGGAGAUUGUUACCAUUUGUUCCUACAAAAGAUCCUGCUCAGAGAUUGAAACAGAUGGGUUCCCUUGCUUCUGCUUUAACAGCAUUAAAUAUAGAAUUCUGUGAUCACCUCACAUACUUGCCUGGAAUGGCUCCUAGAUCUGCGAAUCGAGCCGAACUGGAAAACGGUGACAUGCAGAUUCUUUCCAAGGAAGACUUAGAGACCGUAGAACACUGUAUUGCUAUGUCUAAACGAGGCGAAUUCCCUCCCUUUAUGGUUGUUUACGAUUCGUGUCAAGGCUAUACUGUUGAGGCUGAUGACCUAAUCAAGGAUAUGACAAUUGUUGCUGAAUACACUGGCGAUGUGGAUUACCUUCACAACCGGGAACGUGAUGAUUGUGACAGCAUGAUGACCCUUCUUCUUGGAAGAGAAAGUUGUCAAAGUCUUGUUAUCUGUGCUGAUAAACGUGGAAACAUCGCUCGCUUUAUAAGUGGCAUAAACAAUCAUACACAGGAAGGUAGGAAGAAACAAAACUGCAAAUGUGUGAGAUACAAUGUUGGUGGUGAAUGCAGGGUCUUUUUGGUUGCUACUCGUGACAUUUCUAAGGGAGAAAGGCUUUAUUAUGAUUACAAUGGUUACGAGUAUCAUUACCCGACUCAUCAUUUUGUCUAAGUGAACGACAUAAAAUACCUACUAAAAGACAUAAGAUACCUGCUAUGAGGGAGAAUUGGAAUGCAACUUUAGAUCCUCUGGAAAGGAUUUUAUUUAUAUUCUUAAAAUUUUCAACUCAUUGCUUUUGCAGAUUCAACAAAUUUCUUCCUAAAUUACCGGUAUAGGAAAUUCGUUGUAAUUUAUGCUGUAGAGCUGCUCAAUUAUGCGGCUUAGAGUACCUUAGGAAACUUUGUUCAUUUAGGUUAUAUCUCAGAAGAUGAGAUAUACAUUUUUUCAUCAAUACAAUUUUAAGUCAUUUAAAGGAUCAUCAGU